AUGGACUACACAGCUGUUAAAGCAAAACUCUACAAUACGACAAGAUGGUCUUUGGAGAAGACAAGUGAUGGUGAAGUGUCUUGGGCUUUUCCUGGGCCAUACUGUUGUGGGCUUCACUUACAAGCUAAAGAUACGGCGGCACCUCCUCUCCGUAAGAUCAUCUCCGUCGCUUCCAUCACCGUCGGUGCACAGUUCGUGUGGGCCCUACAGCUCUCUCUCCUGACUCCUUACGUACAACUUCUCGGUGUCCCUCACAAAUGGUCCGCUAUCAUCUGGCUCAAUGGUCCCAUCUCCGGCAUGCUUGUUCAACCUAUCGUAGGUUACUAUAGUGACAGAUGCACGUCAAGAUUCGGUCGCCGCCGUCCUUUCAUUGCCUCCGGGGCCGCCUUUUACGCCUUCGCCGUCUUCUUGAUCGGUUACGCGGCUGAUAUCGGUUACAAAAUGGGAGAUAAGCUCGAGCAAACGCCGAGGGUACGAGCCAUAGCGAUCUUCGCUCUCGGGUUAUGUAUCCUCGACGUGGCCAGGGACACUCUCCAAGGACCUUGUCGUGCUUUCUUGGCCGACUUAGCCGCAGUAGACGCUAAAAGAACGCUAGCCGCAAACGCGUUUUACUCUUUCUUUAUGGCGGUUGGAAACGUUUUGGGAUACGCGGCUGGUUCUUAUACGAACCUACACAUAAUGUUCCCGUUCGCGAUGACAAACGCUUGCGAUACCUAUUGUGCUAAUCUCAAAAGCUGCUUCCUCUUGUCUAUAAUACUCCUCCUCAUCGUCACCCUCACGUCUCUUUGGUACGUUAAAGACAAGCAAUGGUCUCCCACGCCGGUGAACCCCGACGAGGAGAAGACUCUGAGUGAUGAUCCUUCCUUUGGAGAAAUUUUUGGAGUUUUUAAAGUAAUGGAACGUCCCAUGUGGAUGCUUUUGAUCGUCACGGCCCUUAACUGGAUCGCAUGGUUCCCGUUUCUUUUUCUCGACACUGAUUGGAUGGGUCGUGAGGUGUACGGUGGAAGUUCAGAAGGAGACGAUAGGAUGAAGAAACUGGACAACCAAGGAGUACACUCUGGUGCGUUGGGACUUAUGUUUAAUUCUAUUGUUGUUGGUUUCAUGUCACUUGGUGUUGAUUGGAUUGGUCGGAAAGUGGGUGGUGCUAAACGGCUUUGGGGAAUUGUGAAUUUUAUACUCGCCAUUGGUUUGGUUAUGACGGUUCUUGUUACAAAGUUGGCGGCGGAUUACCGGAAAACCGCCGGUCCUUAUGCCGAACCGUCACCUGGUAUUAGAGCUGGAGCGUUGAGUCUCUUUGCUGUUCUUGGUAUCCCAUUAGCUUAUUCCGUUUGCACUAGCCUCCUCCACAAUUUCAAGCAGCUCCGGCGCCGGCCAGGGUAA